UCCCAGUCACAGCUCCCAGUCACAGCUCCCAGUCACAGCUUCCAGUCACAGCUCCCAGUAAAAGCUCCCAGUAUGGCAAGUUCCCUCCUGCGGUCAGUGGAGAUCUCUGCUUCCCAGUUUCUGGAUAUUUUUCAUCACUACGACAACGACGGAAACGGUUUCAUUGAAGGAAAAGAGCUGCAGAGUUUCAUCCAAGAGCUGAGAGAGGCUCGACAGCAGGCGGGGCUGGAUCUGACUGAUGAGAUGAAACAGUUAGUGAGUGAAUAUGAGAAGAACUCCGAGCAGAGGAUCGACCUGGUUCAGCUGGUCCAGGUUUUACCCACCGAGGAAAACUUCCUGUUGUUCUUCAGACAGCAGCUCAGCUCCUGUUCACACUUCAUCCAGGUGUGGAGACGUUAUGAUGCUGAUCACAGUGGAUACAUCGAGGCUGAUGAGCUGAAGAACUUCCUGAAGGAUCUGCUGCUGAAAGCUAAGCGAACAUGUGACAACAAGAAACUCGAUGAGUACACGGCUGCAACUUUAAAGAUUUUUGAUUCAAAUUCAGAUGGAAAACUCUGCUUAGCAGAAAUGUCCAGGUUGCUGCCUCGUGAGCACAACUUCCUGAUCAAGUUUGAGGGCCUAAAGAUGUCCAAACUUCAGUUCAACAAGAUUUUCGAUCUCUAUGAUCAGGAUGGCAGUGGCUUCAUGGAUGAAUUAAAGCUGGACUCUCUGCUUAAUGAUCUGUGUGAAAAAAACAAUAAGGUGGUGGACUCCGCAGAUCUCCAUCGUUACCGCUCGUCCAUCAUAGAGUUAUCAGAUGGAGGGAAAUUGUACCGCACUGAUCUCUGUCUGCUGCUCUGCCAUGACGACUGAAACGCUGCAGGGAAACACCUACAUCACCUGGCUCCUCUGACACACCUAAUGUAAUGCCUCACAGGUCAUGUCCCCUGCUCCACCCACCAGGCUUCAGUUUUAGCUCCAGUGGUGUUAUGUCUUUCCUCUUACGACCUUUAACCCACCUGUGUAGUGUGAAGUAUUUGACUGGUACCAUGUUAACAUCACAGAUAUGUCACUGCUUUAACAUCUGUUGUCUUUAAUGAAGAACGUAUAAAUAAAAUGUAAAACCAUCAGUGUGGAAAUUACUUUAACAUGUGAAAUGACCAUAGGAAACCUUCUAACG